GUACCUCUUCCCUAUUAGUUGCUCCACACCCCAUGAAGCUGUUCUUUUACAGCUUUUCUGAGUCAUCUAUCAAACAUGGCGCACUAUCAUUCAUGAUAUAUAAGGCCAACAAAGAUGAUAGUUGGUUUUGCAUUGGUUUUGGAAAGCAGGGUUUGGGUAGCAUCUCACUAUGGCUGCUAAGGAAGAGACACCAAAGGAUGUAAGCACAGAAAAUGAGCCACCAAAGGAUGCAUGCACAGAAGAUGAGCCACAGAGCAUGAUCGAAAAAGUAGCUGCUCUGCCCUUGGUCCACACUGCCUAUGAGAUGGUUUCGACCACUUACUCUUCUGCCAAGGAGUCUCACCCAGCUAUCCAAGCAGUGUGUGAUAUGGCAGAGACAGGAGUGAAGACGAUGGCAACAUCGGCUGUGAGCAGCGCGCAGCCUCUUCUGGACAAACUUGAACCUCAGAUUGCUGCAGCAAACUCCUAUGCCUGUAAGGGCCUCGACAAGCUACAGGAGACACUGCAGGUGGUGGAAAAGGUGGUAUUGGAUACUAAAGAUCUUAUUGUUGAUGCCAAGGACUCUAUUUGUUCAAAAGUCACUGAAGUGAAGGAUGUGAUGUCAAGUAUGGUAGAUGAGGCCAUAGAGACCACCCAGGAAAAUGUGUUGAUAGCUGAAUUUACAGUGGCCAGUGGUCUCAGCACCAUGAUUGAGAGCAGUUUGGCCAUGGUUGAUGGUGGGGUUGAAAAGGUGUUUGAAAAAUCUGAGGAGCUGAUAGAUCACUUUCUCCCACUCACCGAAGAAGAGCUAGCUUCCCUUGCAGCUUCCCUGCAGUUGGAAGGUUCUGGAAUAGCUCCUAUAGAGAAGCAGAAACAGCAGCAAAGCUACUAUGUACAGCUGGGCUCCCUUUCAACCAAGCUCCGUGACAGAGCCUACCAGUAUUCUCUGGGGAAACUACGGAAGGCCAAGCAAACUUCCCAGGAGAUGCUGGCACAGCUUCAGGAAGCCAUUGACUUGGUUAAGAAUACCAAGCAGGCCAUGGAUCAAACAGUUCAGGAGAAGCUGCAGGAGAUGUUGCUGGCAUGGAAGAAGAGCCAGCAGGAGGAGCAGGUUGAGGCUAACAAAGAGGGUCAGAUGGAGAUUGAGUCCCAGGCCCUGGGGCUGACCCACAGGAUAGCCCAGAAGCUUCAAGGCAUCUGCCAGAGCCUCCUGACCAAUGUCCAGGGCCUCCCUGUUGCUCUCCAGGAAAAGGUAAAGCAAGCCUACAGCAACAUUGAAGAUCUGCAGGUGGCCUUUUCUGGUGUGCAAUCCUUCCAAGAUCUUUCCAACAACCUCUUGGCCCAGAGCGAGGAGAAGAUGACCAAGGCCCGAGAGGCUGUAGAUGAACUCCUGGAAUAUGUGGCUGAGAAUGCUCCCCUCACCUGGAUUGUGGGUCCUUUCUCUCCUGCUGGAACUUCUACAACAAAAUUGACAGAACCAGAAGAGGGAGGUGCAGAUGGAUGCCUGAAGUGAUGUCAGCCCCCGUCUUGAAGGGUCAAGCAGUAGGAUGAUGAUCCAGUGGACUGGUAUCUGUAGUUCAUAAAGUAGGAUGACUGUCUAAAAAUGUAGGACUCUUUCCCUUGGUAAAGGAGAUCAAAAGGAUGUUGGCAGAUAAACUUCUGACCAAGGAUUUGAUGCCUGUCCCAGCAAUAUUGGUGGUGGUCAAAUUUUGUGACUUGGGUUCACGUCCAAUCCUUUUCAGUCACUGCACCUCCUUCCUGCUGGCAAUACAUCUUGAAGAAUGGGAGUGGUAUACAGAAGGCUGUCUCUGAGGUUCUUGUAUCACAGAUGUGCUAUUGGUCUGUACGCCAAUAAACAGUUAAGUGCAAUGAA